AUGUUUUUGAGAAGACUUUCUAAUCAAUUGAAACGAACACACAAGGUGUUGCUGACGUGGACAGUUGUGUUUGUAUCGAUACAAGCUCUCACUCAACUUCUCAGAAUAGCGAACGAUGUAUUAACGAUUUAUGCUCGGGAGACUGCUGAAGCAUCACAGUUAGUGGAAUGGAGUUUUUUUACUGCAAUGAAUACGGUCUCUGGAGUGACGACCUUCUUUACAUUCAUUAACCUCAUGUCACUUUUCGUUAUUUUGUUUUUUGUGCAACAAGUAUUUUGGCAGACAGCUCGAUUGGUGAGAGCAAUUUCGCAAAAGGUUCACAGUACUAUUUCAAUAGUCAUGCGAGUGGUUAAUGGAAUUUUUCUAUUUGUUGGUUCAUGCAUUGUGAUAAUGGGUGCUGUAUUUUAUGCUUGUAACAGAAUGGGUUUUAUUAGCAACACAACUACAACUGUUGUAUUUGCGUUGUGCUUUGUCAUUAUUGUUAUGCUUCUAUUUUACACUUCAAUGGUAUUGGCGAGUGGAAUAGUCGUGUUAAAAACAAUCAAGCAAACCAGUGCCAUCCAUAAGAUAUCCUCAGGUCAAAAACCUAUUGAGCGCACAGAUUCAAGAUCAUCGUUUGACAUUAGAAAUUUUGAGAGAAAGGUACAGAGUCCUUUCAAAAUCACAUUUGGAUUGUUGGUAGCACUUUUAUUUUGUGUAUUGAUGGAGAUUAUUGCCGGUGGACUUUCCUCCACCAUGACCAAUGUUGACACCAUGAGGCUCAUUUGGUACAUUCUCAACUGUACUGGUAUUCUCGUUUUUGCCAUUACCAUUCUAUUUCUUUGGUUUCCAUUGUUUUGGGGAAAUGAAAAUGCAUUUAACGAAAUUGAAAAGCGAAAGCAAGCACAAUCCAUUCUCACCACCCAAACUUCGUCACAGUUACUAAUUGAUGAAAAUUUAUCGGUCUCUCCCAAAUCAUUAUCUUCAAACUCACCAACUAUUUGUAAAGACUCUAACACGAUGGAAUCUGUGACAACGAAUUGA